AUGUGGAGUAAGACUGGGUUUAUGAGAAUUAAGCUAGACAUGAGUAAUGCUUACGACAAGGUGGAAUGGGUGUUUUUGGAAGCUGUGAUGAAAAAAAUGGAGUUUCCCGAUAAAUGGAUCAGACUGAUUAUGGGGUGUGCCCUCAAUUCAUUACUCACUCAGGCGGAGAAUAAGGAGGUUAUCACUGGUGUACCUUCUUCUAAGAAUGGUCCUCGACUAAGCCAUCUUUUCUUUACAGAUGACAGCUUGUUAUUCUGUAAGGCAAAUCUGGUUGAGUGGAGACGCAUUACUAAGAUUUUGGAGAAAUAUGAAGCGGCUUCGGGUCAAUGUUUGAAUAAAAAUAAGAGGUCUAUUUUCUUUAGCUGGAAUGCCAGUUUGGAGAGGAGGAAUGAAAUUAUUCAGUUGUCAGGACUCCAAGCAACACAUAGCUUUGAUAAAUAUUUGGGGCUUCCAGCUCUUGUGGGGAAAUCUAGAUACCAGUCCUUUAAGACUAUCAAGGACAAGCUCCCAGUGGUGUUAUGUAGGGAGAUAAAUGGGAUGAUGCAGCAAUUUUGGUGGGGCCAUGAGGAGAAUACUUCGGAAAUUCAUUGGAUGAUUUGGGAAAGAAUGGGCAUUGCUAAGUCGAAUGGAGGGUUGGGCUUUCGGGAUUUGGUUAUAUUUAAUAAGGCAUUGCUGGCUAAGCAAGUGUGGAGACUUCUUACAAAACCAGAAUCUUUGGCUACCCGAGUUCUUAAGGCUAAGUAUUUUCAAAUUAGUUAUGUACUAGAAGCGAUAGUGGGUUUGAGGCCCUCUUAUGCUUGGAGAAGCCUUAUGGCAUCUCAAGAAUUACUAAAGAAUGGGUUGUUAUGGAGGGUAGGGGAUGGGCAGGACAUCAAGAUAUGGGGAGCUCGUUGGCUUCCAACUCCAACUUCCUUCUCUAUGCAGUCGCCUAACAAUGAGUUUGAUGUAGAGAUCGGAGAGUUUAAAAUAAACUGGGAUGCGGCCCUGGAUAAUUGUCGAGACAAAACUGGGUUAGGCAUGAUCGCAAGGGAUUGGUUGGGGAAUUUUGUGGCAGCCCGUAGCAUCCCCAUGGACUGCAAGCUUGAACCAGCGUCAGCUGAAGCACAAGCGGCUCUUCAUGCAACGUUCUUUGCCAAGGAGCUUGGUUUACCGGACAUUACUUUCGAAGGAGAUGCUCAGCAGAUUAUCACAUCGAUUAACUCGAAGCAGCCUUGUACGAGCUCCUAUGGGCAUUUAGUGGAUGGAGCUAUUUUGGGGUUAGGAGUUUUGGGUAAUUCACGUUUUUUACAUGUAAAGAGAGAGGCCAACAGUGCAGCCCUUGGGUUGGCAAAGUUGGCCCUCAAUCUUGUUACUGAGAUUACUUGGGUGGACUCCCUCCCACCUGAGAUCAGUGGCAUUGUAAGGAAGGAAGCUUCCCUUGUUGUAUUAUGA